AUGAUGAAACCAUACCCCAACCUCUUCUCUGUCUCGGGACAAAUUCUAAGACUCUGGGAUGAUUUAGGAACUGCAGAGGAGGAACAAGAAAGAGGAGAUGUAGCAUCAAGCAUAGAAUGUUAUGCGAAGGAGAAAGGUUUUUCUAGUGAAAAAGAAGCAAGAGAACACAUAAGGAAUCUCAUUAGCAGUUCAUGGUUAGAGCUCAACAGUGAAUUGGUGGCUCCAACGACUGAAUUGCCUCUAUCAAUCAUCCAGGCAUCCUUGAAUCUUGCGAGAACUGCCCAAGUUAUGUACCAGCAUGGAGAUGAUGAAAAUGCUUCUACUGUUGCUGAUAAUGUACAAGCAUUGAUCUUUAGACCCAUUAGCUGA